AUGAUGGAGUUCAAAACCGGCAUUUUUACCGUGGCCGUGCUAGCCAUUGUGCUCUCCUCACCGGCAGUUGCUCAGAAGCCCAAGAGUCCUCCUGCUCCAUCAGCCACAAUCCUUCCACCAGCGCCGGCACCCGCACCUGCGCCGCACCAUGUGGACCUCGCUGAUCUCCUCAGUGUGGCCGGCCCGUUCCACACCUUCCUGGACUACCUGCAGAAGACCAAUGUCAUUGAGACCUUCCAGAACCAGGCGAACGACACAAAGAACGGCAUCACCAUCUUUGUGCCCAAGGACUCUGCGUUCGCUGCGCUCAAGAAGACAACAUUUGCCAACCUCACCCAGGACCAGCUCAAGUCCCUGCUCCUGUACCACGCGUUCCCCAAGUACUACUCCCUGGCUGAGUUCGACAAGCUGAGCACCCUCAACCCGGUGACCACCUUCGCCGGCUCGCAGUACACGCUGAACCUCACCUACAACAUGGGCACCAUCCAAGUGAAGUCGAUGUGGUCCAACCCCAAGAUCAGCAGCAGCGUGUACUCGACCCGCCCGGUUGCAGUGUAUGAGGUCAACAAGGUUCUCCUGCCAAUGCAAAUCUUCAAGAGCGACCCCCCGCUGGCACCUGCCCCUGCUCCUGCCCCAGACGCCAAGGCCUCUGAUGUCACUCCCAGCCCAACGUCAGGGAAAUCAGCGAGCGCAAAGGCGAAGGCGGCAGAGAAGAGUUCAUCAUACCAAGUCGGUGCCGGCGUUGCCCAUUACUUGGCGCUUGCUAUCUCAGGUGCUCUGAUGCUGUUGUGCUGA